GACUGCCGUUAGUAUCGGCAACGGGAUCGCGACGAAAAGUUCAGUUUCAUUUUCGUUGUCCGUUUGUUUGCUGUUUUUCUUAACGAUUCGUUUAGUUAUUUUAAUGUUGAAGAAGAAGACUGCAAAACGGAUACCAAGUUAGAAUAGAGAACAGCGCGAGAAUCUUCGCGUAACGCUUUCUCAGCACAAAACGCUCGCUGCUGCUGCUGCUGCUGCAGCGUAGCAGCUGACGUCGACGCCGUCGCUUCUGUGAAAUAAGCUGCUGACUCAAACAAAAUUUUCAAAUGGAGACAAAGAAUCCCCCGCCCACCGUGACGAGCAGCUACCACCAUCAGCGUGCGCCGCGCACUCCCGAAAGCUAUUUCAAUGUGCCAGAGUCGGUGGCUCUGCUGAACAUCGUCAAGUCGGAGAGGAUCCAGAGCGCGUUCCAGUCGAAUCGCAAGAAUCAUGCGAGCGUAUGGGAAAUGGUCGCCGAGGUGCUGAACCGGUUCAGCGCACGCAAGCGAACGGCGAAGCAGUGCUGCAAUCGGUACGAGAACCUGAAGAAGAUCUACACACAGCUGAAGAAGAAUCCGGAGCGGCACGUCCGGCGUAACUGGCCGUAUAUGUUCCUGUUCAAGGAGAUCGAGGAGCAGCGCGGCGAGUGCUGGGGCUCCAAUGGGAAGCGCCUCGCUCUGAUCAGCAAGAAUCACAAUGAGCUCUCCUACUACCAGCGGCGCAGGCAGGCCGCCGAGCUGGGCGUCCUGCUCACCAAGGACACGCUGACGCCCCAUCAGCACAAUUUGCUGCAGAGCCUGAGCCACGCCCACUCGACCGACUCGUCGCAGAGCGGGGCGAGUAAAAUGGAGCGCGGCUUUAUGCCAAAUCACUUCGUGGAGACGCAGCUGAGCGAGGGGCCCUGCCCGAAUGCCCCGCUGCCGGUGGGCGUGGGCCAAGUGGGCGUGCCCGGUGUGUACGAUGACAAUCCUUUGGCGAACGCCGUCGCAGCAGCUGCAGCAGCCGUCGCCCAACUGCAGCAACAACAACAACAGCAGCAGCAGCAACAGCAGCAACAACAACAACAACAGCAGCAGCAACAACAACAGCAGCAGCAGCAACCAAAUGGCCAGGAGCAGGAGCAACAGCCACAGCACAGCCUCAGCCACAGUCUCAACCACAGUCUCAAUCAGAGUCUCAGUCACAGUCUCAAUCACAGUCACAGUCACAAUCACAGUCACAGUCACAGUCUCAAUCACAGUGCCGCAUUUAAGGAUCACGGACAUGGCUUGCAUGACGAGCCGCCCGAAGCUUCGGAUUAUGAUAAGGACUGCAAUGGAGCGCUCAACUUGCAUCACAACAACAGCAGCGGCAACGACAACAACAUAUCCAUGAAAUCCGAGCCGCUCUCCGAAGGUGAAUUCAAUCCGGAUGACAUACAGCUAAUGCAAACCAACUACAAUGGCGCUCAGAACUUCUAUUCGCCGAGUUUGGAUCAGAAUAUUCUUCAUCCGGAUGUGAUUGUGGAUACGGAUAAUCUAUCCGAUUGCAGUUCAUCGGCAUCGCUGAAGAGCGGCAAACGGAAGAUGUCCACAUCCACGGAUGGGGAUAGCACCAACUACGAACUGAUCGAGUAUCUGAAGCGGCGCGAGAAACGAGACGAGGAGCUGCUCAAGCGCAUGGAUGCACGCGAGGAGCGUUUCAUGAAUCUGCUCGAGCGCACAGUCAUUGCCAUCGAGCAGUUAGCAGCGGGCAAGGCUCAAACACUAGUGGCCAGCAAAGCCACCGAAACGGAAUCAGCAAUGAAAACGGAUUUGGAUGCAGUUACUCCGGCUUUAGAUUUGCCCGGCAAGUGCGUCGAAGCAGACGACGUAAUAGAUGCAGAUGCUGCGGCAGAGGAGUCAGAGGUGGAAUUAUCGGCAGUGGAAGUAGAAGCAGAAUUAGUGGCAGCAACUACAGUCGAAGUGGAAACAAAAGGAGUCGAUAUAGAAAAGGCAGUAGAAAUAGAAGCAGACGAAGAGGUCGCUUCGAAUCAAACGUAAACCAAACAAAAACAAAAAACAAUUGAAUGCAGUGCCAAAGACGAGCCAAUGACUCGGAAUCAAAUGAGAUUUUGCAACGUUUACUUAAAAUAUAUAUAUGUAUUUAUAUAUAUAUAUAUAUAUAUAUAUAUAUAUAUAUAUAUAUACCCCAAGUGCUUAAGCAAAAAGAAAAUCAUAACAAAAAUUGUAAAUCUUAAGGAAAUGCAAACCUUGUCUAAGUAACAUAAUAUUGGCAAUAUUUGUGCCAGCACUAUUUAAUUAUUAAACUAGGCUUAAGCUGCAAUGAAUCCUCUAGUUUUUAGACGCAACCAAGUCUUAUGCAUAUAAAUUUUUCUAUAUAAUCGAAUCAUUCUGCACGUGGUCAUAAAUGAUGAUUAUUUUUCAAAUUCAUUCAUUCAUGUAAGCUAUGUAUGUACAUAUGCAUAUGUAGGUAAUUGAUACAGCUUUGUUACUUGGUCUGCGCUCUUAAUUCUUUUUAUUCUCGUAAUUUUAAUUUUAUUUGUUCGCAAAUCUUAUUCGAUUUAAGUUGGAGCUAAAAUGGGGCUCAAAUGCAUUUGUGCAGCUACGUAUAUUUAUAUGUAUGUAUAUGUGUAUGUUAUGUAUACAUGAAUUUUUUUUUUUUAAUUUAGUUA